UGAUUAAAAUUGUCAAUUAUUAUUGUUAUAAAUUUAUUACAAUAUUUGUUAAAAACUUGUAUAGGUAAUUUACUAAUUUGACAACAAAAGUCUGACAUAACCUAAAAAAGUUUGUUGACAUACAAAUACUGUACACAAAUUUACAGUAUAUUGAAUAACAAUGGAUAAAUACGACAUAAUCGGAUCCUUGGGAGAAGGAUCGUUUGGUAGAGUGUACAAAGCCAAAAGAAUAUCAGAUAACAUAUUUGUGGCUCUCAAAGUCAUAAGUAAAAGGGGCAGAUCGCCAAAAGAACUCAAGGGAUUUAGACGCGAAUGCGAGAUACAGAGAAAAUUGGACCACCCAAAUGUUAUACACAUGCUCGACUCCUUUGAGACAGACAAUGAAAUUGUAGUAAUAACGGAGUUCGCACACAAAGAACUAAACAAGGUAUUGUCAAAAGUAGGAUAUUUACCAGAGAGUAAAGUACAGGAAAUUACAUGGGAUUUACUGUCAGCAUUGUAUUAUUUGCAUUCCAAUCGAGUUUUACACAGAGACUUAAAACCACAAAACAUACUGCUCGACGCCAAAAACUGCGUAAAGCUAUGCGAUUUCGGUUUUGCACGUAACAUGAGCCUUGGCACGCACGUCCUCACCUCCAUCAAAGGCACACCGCUUUACAUGGCACCUGAACUCAUUGAAGAACAACCCUACGACUUCAAAGCAGACUUGUGGUCUCUGGGUUGUAUAAUCUACGAACUACUGGUCGGGGCGCCGCCCUUCCGAACCAUCAACAUACUGCAGUUGAUCAGAUUGAUAAAGCAUGAGCAGGUCCAGUGGCCGACCAGAAUUUCAGACGUUUGCACAUCUUUUUUAAAGGGGCUGUUGCAAAAGAAUCCGGCCAAACGGAUGGGCUGGGAGCAAAUCUUGAAUCACCCGUUCGUUAAAGGACACGUUUACUUUUCGAAAACUAUGGCGAACAGUCCGUUUACCCGGCCGCCUUCGCCUAAAUCUCACGAACUUAAGGAAAAACAGAAAAUUGACAUAAUCAGUAAAAAAGGAAAGUGCGAAACGUCAAAAGUGACAGAGACCGUCGAAAAUCCGGACACUAAAGUGGAUGAUAAGCAGAACAACAACGAAAAUGUUGAACCGCCUCCAACUGUAUUAAAAGAAGCUUCCCCUCCAACUAACGAAAACGUCAAUGUGUCGCAGACCUCGACGAAUUCAUCGAAAAUUUGUGGAUCUAUUUUCAUAGAAGACAAUCAUCCGAUGGAAACCGAAGAAUGGAUAGUGUUCCUCCAAAAAUCCAUCCAAGAGGUUCUAAGUGGCGAAAUGACGUCACUAACGCAAGCGAAUCUGGCAGGGAUUUUAAUAUCGCCGUUGAGGAACACGAAUUCUAGUCCAAAGGUCCUGACGUACAUCGCCAAAUUAUUGUCAAUUCCGUUCGUCAUACGAGAUACUUCUGAGGACGUUUUCGCUCAAAUUCACAAGGUUUAUUUGGAGAUAAAGUUAAUACCGAAUUUGAUUUACGCCUCGAAAUUACUACUGAGAAAUCAUAGAGAAGACACUCCGUGUACAAAUUCACCUACGCCAUCGAAUUCACCGCUUCCUCAAGCUCUGGAAAGUUAUAAAAGCUUAUCGGAAUUGACCAACGAAGACUAUCAAGCUUUGGAAUAUAUUUAUUUGUUGAUUUCGCAUUUGGUUUAUUCCGAUGAGGAGUUUUUGUUGCAUUUUUGUGACUCCGUUGUCGUUUUGAACGUUUACAUUUUGUUGAAACUUAUGUUGUUGGAUGUUAAGAAACAUAUAAGAAUUGUAUUGGAUGUGAUGGCGAUUUUGACACACUUAUUACGGAAACUUCCGGAGAAUCAGGAAAUAAUAGAAAAAAUCCUUUUGAAUGAAUCAAAUCAUGCUGACGUUAAGCCGAUUUGUUUCGUCGAUUUUUUGAGGCACAGCGAUUCACUGUUGAGAGAAAGGACUUGUUAUUUCUUGCUGUUUUUGAGUAAAAAUGUACAGGAGAGUACGAUAAAGACGUUUUGGAAUGAGAAAAUUCGCGAAACGCUGGAAGCAUUGAUGUUUGAUUCGAUUGACACGGUUAGAAAUGCUGCAGAAGUGACUGUGGAAGACUUGAAACAGAAAAGCUAUUACAACAUAAUAAUGGAAUAAAUGUUUACUUUUUAACAAACUUAGAUUAUAAGAUCAAUGUGAUAUAAUUUAUAUGUAUUUUAAGUCCGUUU